AUGGACAAGUAUUUUCCUCAAUCUCUAAGAGAUUUCAAGGAAAGUGAAUUCCUUCGGCUCAAACAUGGUAAUAUGUCCCUUAUUGAUUACGAAAGAAAGUUUGAUCAACUCUCAAGAUAUGCUCUACACCUAGUUGACACGAAAAUUAAGAAGACUAGAAGGUUCGAGCAAGGGUUAAACCCAGACCUAAGCAUGAUCCUUAUGUCAAAUCGUUUCACAUCAUAUCGUGAGAUGUUGGAACGAGCUCAUGCUAUUUGGUAUCAGAAGGCUAAUGCGGGGCAACGCCGUCAAUUGUACAACCAGCGAGAUAGAGCGCAUAUUGGAAAGAAGAAGUGGAAUGGUCAAGACAAAGGAAAGGGAAAAUGGCAAAAUAAGAAGGCUAAUAUCAGAUCUAGUGCUAGCAAGGCCAUAGUAGCUACAGUUGCGCCUUGUCUGAAGUGUGGUAAACCUCAUCGUGGUGAAUGCUUGUAUGGAAAGAAUGCCUAUUUUCGGUGCGGUAAGCCAGGACAUAUUGCUAAGCAUUGUCCUAUGUUCACUCAAAAGAAGGAUGAUAACAGUGAUCAGAACAAAAUGGGAAAAGCACGAGUCUUUGCACUGACUCAGAAGGAUGCAGAGGAAAACUCAAAUGUAAUAACAGGUAUUUUACUGAUAUUCAAUACACCUGCUUGUGUACUUAUUACUUGUGAGAAGUCAGAAAGUACACUAGAAGUUAGCGUCCCCUCAGGUAGAACAUUAAAUACAGAUCAAUUAGCUAGGUCGAGAGAGGGAAGUGUCUUUUUAGAAACCAGGAGAAGAGCAAUUCGCUUUCCUCGGAAUAAAGACCAAACCUCAUCUCUAACUGAUAUCGGCCUUGCAAGCUGA